AUGAGCUGCCGAUUUCGUCCACAGUCAUCCGCAGCUUACGGCUUCACGUUUCAGGAUUGUGAACCUGUGGAUCUACAGUACGUACACAACGAACCGGGUGGUGUGAGAAAAAAUGGUGCCGGUCUGUUAGGCAUAGGACUCACCAGUCUGGAGCUGAAUGGAGCCAAAGAUGGCGCAGUUCUGGUCUACUGUGACCCACUUUGGAGAGCAGACGGCUUGCAUGCUGGUGGAAAAUGUCGUAUUCGUUUGCGCAGAGCCGGAACCUGGUCUAACAGAACUUAUACAAAAAGUUUAGAAUUCUGUACCAGCUCAGGACACUCACAGCCUUGUGGAGGUGGAUUCUCGGUUGAUUUACUGCAGACUGAUCUACAAGAGAACGACUACCAGAGCAACGGGAAAAAUGUACAAAGUUUACCCUAUGUGAAGCUCAUGGUCGGAUUGCCUUAUGCUCAGCCAUAUGGAGAAGUGCAACUGGUUGAAAAUCUCCUGAAUCGAAAAGACGAUUCACGCACUGCAUCGUCUAGCAUUCAUCGUAUUCUAGGAACGCGGGAGAAAUUUGGAACAAAAGUGGCUUGGACACCAGAGAUGAGUUUGAAAAACAACAGGAAACGACAAUCUUCAAUUAUCAGUGCUUUACAAACCUAUAUACAAACUAGAAUCUCUCAAUGGACACAGGAAAGUUUAGCUCUGAUCACCUCGAGCGCUGAAGAUCGUGUUCUAGCUUAUCGUCAUCCACGUGCCGGACAAAGCGAACAGUUGUUUGACAUUCGUCCACCAUCAUCAUCAUCAUCACCAUCAUCAUCAUCGUCAUCAUCAUAUGUGGAUAAGGAGGAGGAGGAGGAGGAUUUGGUGAAGAAUUCUGAUGUUUUGGGCAGUGGUUUUGGUCAGGCAUUAGAGACGGUGAUUGUCCCCGCGGAUACAAGUGUGUUAUUACAACGUGCGGAAUAUGCUAUUCUGUUGGGUGCUCCGUUUCACAGUAGUGCCCGGAAGGGAGCCAAUCAUGGCCGUGUUUACAUUAUGUGCCCGGGAAUGGAAAAUCUGACGGAGCAGCUACAUUAUUUGGAUGGUGCGCAUAGUCAAUCUUUCUUUGGAUAUUCCGUGAAAGAAGAAGUUGAACCAAGUACCCCAGGUCGAGAUCCUGUUGUUGGCAAGGUCUACAUUCAUCGCGUCACGUCGGAGUGCAAACUAGACCCAAAACCGAUACAAAUCCUAACUGCUCCGGAUAGUCAACCGGGUGAUGGUUUCGGUGUUGGUCUCGCACGCGGAAUCGAUAUCGAUUCGGAUGGAUGGCCCGAAUUAUUCGUCACCUCGCUCCAAUCUAAUCGCGCGCCCCACGUUUAUACUAUGCCCCGUCGACUUCGAGCCCAGUGUCAUAUCAGUGUGCCACCGACUUACAGUAUGACUCCGUUCCGUGCCGGGAGUAAAAUCCCAGUCACAAUCAUGGUCCGAUUAUUUGAUCCUCACCGGAACAAUUGGGUGCCAAUCUCUCCAGGAGUAUCAUCAACAAGCGCGCGGUUGCAUCAAAUCAAUCCCGAUCUGAUAUGGCAAGAACGAUUGGUGAAUCGUACAAACAGCUCGUACACUGAACGAGAUGGGAAAGACGUGGACAGCUUUUUCGCCUCUCUGGUUGACGGAGACUUAGAUCUAACGAAACCACGUUUCUCUCUGGCCGGAGGCCAGAUUUCUUCGGUCUCAUUGAGCAGUGAUGCCAGCCGAAUGUAUGUGCGUGCCGAACUGCAAGCGCAAUACGGGGCUGAGGCUAUGGACUUGUCUGCAAUUCCGUUGCGUGUGGGGUAUCGAUCGUACUUGAAUGCAGAGGUCUGUCCCACAUUACACGCAGUCAAUCAGCUCUGUAUUAAGAGUGAACAACCUCUGAUUGAUUGGUCAGCGUGCACCGGGGAGAUCGAACUGGAUCGACAUAUUUGUGUACCGGAUCCGGAAUGUUUAGCCGAUAUAACUCUGGAAAACGUGCAGUUAUCCGCGGACGAAGAUGCUACCAAGCUGGAGUUCGGCAAUCCAAAAACGCGACAGAAACUGAUACAGUUUCGACUGAUCAAUCGGGGCCCAACAAAAUCGACCGGCGUCCGUAUACAAUUACGUGCAACCGGAAGAUGGAGUUCAGAAAGACCUGUCGGUGUGCAGCUCGCAAUCACGCAAGUCUCAGUGGACACACAGAACAAUCAGGGUACAACGAAAAACAAGAUAUGGUCUCCGGGAGACAGUGGAGUCCUUGCCGCAACAAUGGGAGAUGGACAUCGGGAAUCGAAGCUAUGUGAAACCGGGUCUGGUGGCUCGAGUAACUUCGGCCGUANCGAAUUUCUCGUACAGUACAACUUGACCUACAGACCACGAGCACAGAUCAGUGCCGGUGCUCAACCAUCCACUAUUAUUGAUCAUAGAAAGACGGCUACAGUUACCGGAGAAAAGCCACCCAUGUCCAAAGUAUUCUCGCAUGAGAUUGGCCCUAAAGUAGAGCACUUGUUCCUGAUUGAAAACCGCGGACAGAUGACUCUUCAAAAUGUGACCGUGGUUUUGGACUUACCGAUUAAAACUUCUGACGGGAAGCUGUUGCUCUACUUGACAGAUCAAGUUCGACGAUUGGCGGACAGUGCGACAUCGGAAAAUUUCCGUGUAAGUUGUCUGCUCAAAAUGACUCAAGCACCCCCCCCGCCACUCGUCUCCCUGGAACCGCUAAAUUUGUACACCUCAUUUCUGCAUCCUGCUUUAGAUUAA